UAAGAUAAGCAGAGCUGCAGCGCACGCCUCCGUUCCAUUAGAACCUAACUGAGAUACAACACGCAUGCACAACGCACAAGCGACGCUGGGAAAUGUUGCUACAAAUGCUUUAGUUACCAGGGGUUUCUGUACGUCACAUGUAGUGUUUAUACGUCGCAUAGCAACUGUGACCGCGUGUUCCGCUGUUACUUAGGCAACCGAACGUAAACAACAGGUUACAGCCUGCAGGAAUUCAUAUCUUUUCCGCUUCAGUGUGCAAAGUGUGUCCGGUUGGUUCGCAGCUCCGUGUCGCGUAGUCCUGAAUAUGGUGUUUGAGACAACCAGAGCACCCGAGACCGGCAGCAAUAUCAAGGGCAAGAAGUUCGACUCCGAGGGAUUCACAGUCAAAGCCAUGAUGAAGAAUUCAAUUGUAAGAGGCCCCCCAGCAGCAGGAGCUUUCAAAGAGAGACCUGCAAAGCCCACGGCUUUUCGCAAGUUUUAUGAGCGAGGAGACUUCCCAAUUGCCCUUGAGCAUGAUACAAAAGGAAACAAAAUAGCCUGGAAGGUGGAGAUUGAGAAAUUGGAUUACCAUCACUAUCUGCCACUGUUCUUUGAUGGGCUUUGUGAGACAAUGCAUCCCUAUGAAUUUUUUGCACGUCAAGGAGUCCAUGACAUGUUAGAGCAUGGGGGAUCAAAGAUCCUGCCUGUCAUUCCACAGCUCAUUAUUCCAAUAAAAAAUGCCUUAAAUAUCAGAAACCGGCAGGUCAUCUGUACCACGCUUAAAGUUCUUCAGCAUCUUGUUGUAUCAGCCGAUAUGGUUGGGGAAGCUCUUGUGCCGUAUUACCGCCAGAUUCUUCCUAUCUUCAAUAUUUUCAAGAAUGUGAACGUUUUUUUUCCAGGUACUUUUCCAUUCUUUUAAACAAAAACACCCCUAUGGCUUGUUUGUAUGUGUUUGGGUGAAAUUUGUGGAAAGACCCUCUUUUUUUGGGAAGUUGGUGGUGGCUUACAUAUAAGAGAUGGGUCAGAAGACACUGAUGACUUCCUGGGAACUGCCCCUGCAAGUGUUUACGACAAUGUUAAUCACAUGAACUACUGUACAUCAAUCGUGUAAAAUUGUAAAUGACUGCAAAAUUAGCUCUCACAUAGUUUAUGAUUACACAUUUAACUUCAUUCAAGCAGUGCAUGGGAUUAAAAACAAUCUUAUUAUGACAGUUGCCUGAUUUUUGAACCCACAAUGAGUGCAAGAAAUUGGGAAACUAUGGAUUUGUUUUUCUUGCCUGCAGAAUCAAUUAAACCUUUAUUACUUCCUUUGCUCUAGCAACUUGGGUUGGGUUUUGCAAAAAUAAUUCAGAGGCACAAACUUGAAACUGAUAUAUUACACACCAUUAAAAUCUAAAAUAAAAUCUAUCAAUGUAUUAAAUAAUCUUUCGACUAGUUACACAAUAUAAUAGAUAUUUACACAAAUUAAAGGGGAUCUGUCGCACUAAGAAAUAAUCACAAAUCCUUUUCUAUUGGGGUUAGUCAAGCAAAAUAAACUUUAGUUACACUGUAUAAAUUAUUUUAAUCUUGUCUUCUUCAGUUUUGGAAUUUGUAAUCUCAGCAAGCAGAUAGCUGCCAUUUUGGGGAAACAGUUUUUAAGGUAUCCCAAAAUUUUGGGGGAAUAAGAGGAGUUCAGUUGCAGCUAGCAAGUGUAGUAGAAAGGAAAAUGAAAGUGAUUACUGUGCCCGAGGCAUGAAAGUGGGGAAGGUAAUACUGUAUAUGAUUGACAACUGAGAAUUUUAAAUAUAUUUAUGGAAUAUGGGACCUUGAAUAAAAUGCAAUUUGGUUUUCAUGUUUAAUUUGAAAUAGACUUUUAUUAUACAGCUUUUUAUGACAGGUCACCUUUAAAUAGUUUCAAUGAAAUGUUUCUUAUUACAUGUGUGCUAAGGCCAAGAGCCCUUCUGUUAGAUAUGAAACAAUGGCUCUUUACACAUCCAGUAUACACAAGUAAUAUUUAAUAAAUGGAUAGUGACUAAAUGGUAGUCAGAUGCUGUGCUCUGGACCCAUAGCAUAUAAGGAGUCCAAGCCAACCAAAUCAAAAAAUAGACACACACAGCCAAGGACCUCAAUCAGAGUGUCCAUCUUUUCAUUUUGGUUGGCUUAAAAAUAUAAAUGAUACCUUCUGCAAUCGAAUAUCACCAGUAAUAUGAAUUUUGUGCAAUGCGAACACAAUCCACAGAAAUGUAAAAAUGAAAACAUUCAUAUCAUAUGUUAUGUCAUCAUGUUAUGUUCAAAAGUGACUAGAACAUGUGAAGGUAAACAGAGGUCCAGAAUCCUUUGAUGACCUCAAACCUUUACCUUUCCAACUGAUAAAGAGCCCAGUGCUCAGUGAUGGAGGGAUCAGCACCCUCCUGUAGCUCAAAUUAAACAGAUUCACUGGUACACAGAGCAAGUGUAGCAGAGAGAUCCAUUGCAGGUUUAUUAUCGGAAAAAUGCAAUGUUCCGGGACAACACAUACAGAUACCGCAUAAGUGUGUGAAUUUCAACCCCAAAAUUAACUCAACAAAUACAGAACAUUAGCAUAACAAAUAGGAACCCAGCCCACCAACCCUUUUGUUACAAACGUCUUUUUACAAAAUCUUUUUAAAGGAGAACUAAACUCUAAAAAUUAAUGUGGCUGAAAAUGCCAUAUUUUAUUC